UGAACCUGCUUACAAAAUUUCACGGGAUUAAGUUGAGAAUUGCGAAAGCAAAUUGCGCUAGUCAAAACGUAGACUCCGGUAACGCUUCGGUCAAUAAUUAUUUUGAGCUAACAAGGUACCUAUGUCGCCAUAUUUUUUACGGAAUUUUUUUUUGGGAUGAUACAUGUUGCAUUAUUAGGUUACACAUUUACCUAAUUCCAAGCCGAUGUUACCACAGGUCCAAGUUAGGUCAUUGGAAAGUGAUCAUAAAAUAUAUGCUUCUUGAUAUAUGAUUACCAAAAUGGAGAUUACAAGUAUUUUAUUCUGUUUUAAAACUCUCUUAAAUUUCAACAAAAAAAAAAUUUGAUAAAAAAGUCUUGUCAAAAUAUAUUUUGUUAAUUUAACAUAUUUAAAGCCGUUUUUAGUAUAAAAGUUGAAUUUUAGGGCAACUUUUAGUUAAUAUAGAACGUAAUACAAGCGUUUCAAAAAAUUGGACACAACCCUAUUUGCAAUUUUGUAGCACUAACGAUCACAGAGCAAAGCCGCGAACGGACACAAUAAGAUUUUCUUCUUCAGUCAAAUAAAAACUAAUUUGGUACAUAUUUACGCGUAAAACAUAGGAUCCGCCUAGUGUCGGCCAAGAGGUAUAAAAAUAUUUGCCAAAUGUCGGCAAAUGGUUUAAAAAAUGUAAUUUCAAUGUUAAAAUAUGUUAUUAAAUAAAAUAUUUAUAAAUCAACUCGGGAAAAACUUAGUCGACAACUACCUAAAAACGAGUAAAACUUUUCUAUGAACGUUACUUGAAUUUUUGAAUAACAUUUUCAUAAUUUCUUGUAAAACUAACUUCAUAUUUUUUCUUGACUUCGACUAAAUUUGAAAAUAUUGUGCUUAAUUAUAUAAAACUCAUUUGUAGAAGACUUAGAAUUAAUAUGAAGCUUUCUUAUUAAGAUUAAUAAAAGCAAAAUAUGAAAUAAAAGCUUUGUGUGUACCUUAAGAGAUUAAGUGUCAAUUUAUUAUUUAAAAAGCAAAAAACAAUGGAUGUGGGCGCUCGGGGCGUCAUAAUCAGUAAUGUUCGCAAUAUGAUACCUCUCUCAGUUCCCACCUACGCUCAUCAAAAUCUGAAAUAUGCCUGUGAAAACAAAAACCCUUUUCACGUGAAAGCCAUCAUUCCAGGUACCUAUUGAAAUUCUAACUUUAUGGACCUAAAUAUAACUUUGCUACAAAAAUAAGAAAAACAAUUUCCCGACGCACGGUGACAAUGUAAAUAAUGAGUCCAGGUGGGGCGGCCAUGACACCUACCACUGGCCACAUGGCAUGCGCGCGAAGUCAAAAUAAAAGUGGACCAAGAUACGAUGAUUUAUUUAAACGUACGAAGAGAUCCCUUAUCUGCCACCUCGCGUUAUCUUAUUGCGUGUUACCUAAAUAAUUAAUGCAAUAUAGGGCAUCGAUUGUGAGGUGACGGGCGCCCGCGGGGCGAGUGCGACGCGGCGGGGGUGCGCGCGGCGCACGCACGCGAUUGGCUGUCAAGCCUGCGUGAGUGCGUGCCCCUCCCCCCGCGUGCGUAGCCCGCGCUCGCCUCCUGCAGUAGCCGUCGCACCGCCGCACGGAACAGACGUGUCAUUGCAUCCGUAACCCGCCGUACCCGCGUCCGCUACCUCUCGUAGUUUACUCCAAAGUUUCACAUAAACUGGGUCUAAAUUAUCUGUCCAUAUGGUUCAUCUCGUAGAUAUAUUUCGUUCAGCGAAAGUUGAAUACCCGCCGCCUGUUAUUAUGAACCGAGCAAUACAGGUGAAGCCGGCGGACAGCGAAAAUAGAGGAGAUCGAAAGCUGUUCGUGGGCAUGCUGAGUAAACAACAGACCGAGGAGGAUGUGCGGCAACUGUUCACGCCCUUCGGCACUAUAGAGGAGUGCUCCAUACUGCGCGGACCCGACGGCGCCAGUAAAGGCUGCGCGUUCGUAAAGUUCAGCUCACACCAAGAGGCGCAGGCGGCCAUCACUAGUCUGCACGGGAGUCAAACUAUGCCGGGCGCGUCCUCGAGCCUGGUAGUGAAGUUUGCAGAUACGGAAAAGGAACGGCAGUUGCGGCGCAUGCAGCAGAUGGCCGGCAACAUGAGCCUGCUCAACCCGUUCGUGUUCAACCAGUUUGGCGCCUACAGCACCUACGCGCAGGUCAUCACGGAGCAGCAACAAGCAGCCCUGAUGGUAGCAGCGACGGCGCAAGGCUACAUCAGUCCCAUGACGGCUCUCGCGUCCCACGCGCUCAACGGCAUGGCCAACUCCGUGGUGCCGCCCGCUUCUGAUAACUUCUCCGGCCUGGCGAUAGGCACGGGCGCGCAGCCGCUGAACGGCGCGCUGCCGUCGUUGCCGUCGCCGACCAUGCCGGGGUUCAACAUGGCGGCGCAGACGGCCAACGGACAGCCACCACCGCAGGACGCGGUGUACACUAACGGGAUACACCAGACGUUCACUGGGCCCUAUCUGAGCGUCCCACUGCUGGGCGAGGACCGAGGCGUGAUAUCGCCGAUGUGCGCUGAUCUGACGAAUGUUGCAGCGGUGCCCGUGACGGCGCAGGGCCUGCCCAACGGCGAGGCGGCGCUGCAGCACGCGGCCUAUCCCGGCAUGCAGCCAUUUCCGGGCGUCGCCUACCCGGCGGUAUACGGCCAGUUUCCGCAGCCGAUCCCACCACCGAUGUCCACCAUUGCGCCCGCGCAGAGAGAAGAUUUUCUUAUGUUCCCAGGGUGCUCGAUCUCCGGCCCUGAGGGGUGCAACCUAUUCAUCUACCACCUGCCGCAGGAGUUCGGGGACGCGGAGCUGAUGCAGAUGUUCCUGCCGUUCGGGAACGUCAUUAGCAGCAAAGUGUUUAUUGACCGCGCCACUAACCAGAGCAAAUGUUUCGGUUUCGUGUCGUUCGAUAACCCCACAUCGGCGCAAGCCGCCAUCGCGGCGAUGAACGGCUUCCAGAUCGGCAUGAAGCGGCUCAAGGUCCAACUCAAGCGGCCCAAGGACGCCAACCGGCCUUACUAACCUUAGACGCCGUCCCUGCGCGCUCACGUCACCACCGUGUCUGGCCGCGCGCGCCCCGCGCCCGUAGUGCGCAUCAUCAUGUAUUAUCAACAAUUCCAAGGAAUUUAUUAAUACAUCUUUAUUGUAUAGUAAAUAUCAUUACCUACAUACUUACCUAAAGAUUAUGCGAGCCCACUCGGCGAGUAUACUAAAUUAGUUAAAAGUAAUUUAUUAAAUCAGCGCGUAGGAAUGCUUCAUUCUUAUCAUUAUCGAUUAAUCAUUAAAUUACUCUAUUAUAUUAUUAUUAUAUAUACAAUUUAUUAACUUUGAUUAAAUUAUUAUUAUUAUAAAAUGACACGUUAUAAAAAUUUUGUCAUUCGUAAUCAUACUUCUACUUCUAAGUACUUAACGUUUAACUGAAACUUUUAACAUAAAUUUAUUAUACUAGUUAUUUGCUUGAACUAAGCCAAACUGAAUUUAUUAAGUAAGUUGAAAAUGUAAGAAAAAAGUGUAUUUUAAUUAUUGUAUAUUGCAACAAGACGUAGAGCCGGGACGCGCGUUACGGCCUCGCGCGGCGGCCGGGCCCGGCCUCCGGCUUCGCCGUUUGGCCUCGCCGUCCGGCCUCGCUCGGCCCCGGUCCGCCCGCCCGCCCGGCCCCCGCAGCCGUGGCGCCCGUCCCGGCCACAUCGCGGACACUGUUGUCUCCCUCCGCCGAACUGAUUGCAUUAAUGUAAGUGCUCGGUAUAGAUCACUAUUGGAGUAUAUAUAUCCUAUAUUUUGUUAAAUUUUAUUAUGUGUGUGUCUGAUAAGCUAAUACGCUGGGGUACCACACGGCAGUCCUCUUGUGUAACAUAACCAGUCCCACUCCAAUGAUCUGUACUUUCAUGAUGCAUCGCGCGGUGAGAGCGUCCCGCGUCGGCCGAUAGCGCCCGACGCCCGGUACGCCACGGACAAUACGCGAUAACUCGUAUCGGUGCGACGCAAUUCUGUCCAUGGUACGCCCAGCUCCUCACAAACUACUUGUUAGUGAACGUAAACUAAUGGCGAUGUUGUUGACAAAAAUUAAAUGUUUGUAUUUAACGCUGUGUACAAAUCAAAGUGCACUUCAACAUAAGACCGAAUACUUAGGCCUUCGUUUCAAAAGAUCGUGUUAUUAUGUGUUGUAAAUUCCAAAUGGGCUGUGAUAUAAAAAGUAUAAUCAUCAUAAUGGACUGUACUCACGCCGUUCGUGUCUGUAUGUGACGCGUCCCGCCGCCGCUCGCCGCUGGCCGUAUGACCACCGUCGCUACGAGCCGGCGCGAGUGCGCGGCACGCACGCGAUGUCAAUUCUCAACGAGCGUGCUUCCCCGUCUUUAUUUCGUGUGUGUCUAUACAAAUAUAUACAUAAUACUAUUCGUGUUAAGGUGUUAAAUACAAUAAAUGUGAGGACCGCGUCCGGGAGCCAACAGUGGGAGGUGCGCGAGCUAACAGGUUACAAAACUAGUGUAAUUUCUACAGACAAAAAUAGAUUCAUAAUCAAAAAGGUACCAAUAUAAAUAUUAUAAUGAUACUGAGAUACCUUAGAUUAUAUUGUGUGCGCGCGGGCGGACUAAGUGCCGGUGUGGCGGCACAGCGCCGGCGCGGCCGCGAGCCGAGCGGGCGCGGGCCCGGCAGGCGGCCUCGCGCGGGCCCUCUAGCAGCCGGCCGCGCGCGGGCCCUCCAGCAGCCGGCCGCGCGCGGGCCCCGGCCGCCCGCGUCCGUCCGGGAGCCCCGCCGUCGUCUGCCGCGCUAUAGUCAAAUAUUACACUCACCACAAGACAUAGAAUUUUAUAUUUACACAAAUAAUUAAAUUAUAUUGAUAUAGUAUUCUAGUUUUAGGCGUUUAUGAUUUGUAAGUAAACGGUGUGUAUAAAAACAACAUGAUAUUGUGUACCGACGUUUCGAGUGUAUCUAGUUCUUUUUCCUGAAACUUGAGUGCAAUACGUUGUUGAGCUUUUUAAAUUGUUUUAUAGCGUUGUUUUCGUUCACGUCGCAUUUUUUUCUAAUUUGUAGUGUUUUCGUUGAAUUAUGUUGUUUAUCGACGUGGUCUAGUUUCGUACCGACUUGUGAGUCGGCCUCUGGGCCUCCGGUCUGUUCGGGCCUCAGGGCCGGCCGUCGACCGAGUGAGUGCGGCGCGACGAGCGAUGGCCCUCGCGCUAUUAGGAUACCAGUAAAUCGAUGCCAAACCGGAACACGUAUACUUAGUAUAUCGACUAUCGAUAAAUAUCACCUCGUGCGUAAUGUAGGAGUAAUGCCCCCGGGGCGGCCCGAGCCCCCCGGGCUAUUAAUAAUAUUGUACUUAUAUCUUUAUACUGAUUAAAAUUAAAUCCCUAAAGAUAUAUUGCGGUAACGCUAACGUUUGUAAUAGAUUAAUGAACCUCUCUGAAUGUAUAAAACGAUCGCCCAUAAAAGUGAUUCUAGGAUACAGGGUAUGCUUUGCAAUUAUUUAAAUGUAUCUAAAUGUUUUCAUGUAGGCAGGUUUUGCCGAACUCUGAUCUAGACUGCGAUGCUUCGGCCAGCCCGCUCUCGGGUCCACUAGCCGCGACAUUUUAUAUCGUCAUCAUAGGAACCGGAACCAUCUCAUCUCAUCCCAUCGCGGCCGCGCCGGGAGGGCGCCGGGUAGUUGCGGGGCGAGUGGGGACGUCGGUCGGAUGACGGAAGAAAUUAAGUCGCCGACCGAACUAUUAUGUCACCGUGACUAUCCAGGGGCUUGCUUUCCAUGCAGACUACUCUCACUCACAAAAACUAAAAACUGUUUAAUUUACGAACGGAAUAAACAUAACAAAAAUCUUUGAAUAAAAUAAUGAUGCGGAUAUUUCACUCUUUGGCCAAGUACGAUGGCAAAGAUCUCGAAACAAAACAUCGGAAAGUAUUUAAAGUCAAUAUACGCUAUAGGUAUAUAUAAUAUAUACAUUUUACCUAUUUCACAUAAUGAGGAACAAUGGUUGAAACCAAAGACAAUAUUAGAUAAAACGUCACUCAAUUGAUAACUUCAUAGUUUGCACGGAAAGCCCCCUGAUCGAAGGUAUAGACCGGACGGGAGCCCCUCUCGGGUGAUUCUUGCGCUUCGCCUUUUAUUUUACUAGUAACUGGCCGGACACUUCAUUCCAAAUUAACUGCGCCUUGCGUUCUAACGUAUCCUCAUUCACUUGUCAUCUCAUACUUCUGAAGACGGUAGAUACCAUAAAACUGAGAAAUCUGCAACAUCGAGCGCAUCGAACCGUCUCUCGGAAACCUAACGGCAACUUAGUAUUACAAAAUCGAAUUUCUUAACUAUUUAACUCCUAAAACUUUUAUAGAGUAUUUAUAAAGUUCGCAUGUUUAAAUUGGUCGUAGCGCUCGCGUAGAUGGAACAUACGGAAGUACCGAGGAGGUACGUAGGGAUAUUCGCUAGGCCGCCAGGCCGGCGACGCGCGGUAACGCUGGUCCCUGUUCGACGCUAGUUAGUAAGAUGAAUGCCAAUAUUUUAAUCAGAAAAUAAAAAAAAACAAACGUUAGAAUUUGGAAUAAUUAAUCAUAUUAUUAUAUAUCUAUUUAUAUAAUAAAAUAUGGAGAGAGGCGCAUAGUGCUUUUAUGAAUUGUAGAUCCUAGUAAUGGAAAAAAAAACAAUCUAGUCAUAUCUCUUUACGUUAUUUAUUUUAUCUAUCGCUUAGCAUAGUUUAGCUUCAAGCACUCUUUUUUGUUGAACUAUUUAUUUUAAUUUAUACUUAUUCUAGUGCUUUCUCUCGUGCCAUUUCGUUUUUUAGUUUAACUAUUAAUUAUCCUAGUUAGUUAAGCAUACGAUUUCCUACAGAUAAUGUCUACCCGAUUGUACCGAAACCGACUAUAUUGUAACAAUAAUAAAUUUAUUGUAUUCAUGUUUUAAUAAGUUAUCCAGAAUACUGUUUUAUUAUAGAUCAUUUCAUCCAUAGUUUAGAUACGUUAAUAAGAUUAAGGUGAAUUGAGAUUAUUUAUGGUAUUGUACGGUAGGAAGGAGUGGAAAUGGUGUAACCGCUCGGUUAAAUUAGAAGUUUAAAGUUACCUUAGCGAGUUAAAGAGUGAGUAGAGGAAGUAACUCUAUAGACGUUUUACUAUCGCAUGUUAAAGCAGAGAUUGGCAAACGCGCGGCGGGUGACCAACAAGAUGUAAAUCCCAUGUACUAGCAAAAGCAAAAAGAAUUUAUUGUAAUAGAGAGGUAGUCUUAGAUAAAAACGUGCCCCUUCGCGCUGUAAUGCGCCAUCUGAUUUACAAUUAUGCUGUGUGGAAUUAAGAGGAGUGGCAUCUCUUAUGGUAGAACUGUUGCAAAAGUGUCCAGCUGUCAGCUAUAAAUAAUAGUUCCAAAUCUCUCCAGAGUAGCGCUAGAGUAGCUAAGAACCUAGGCGUUAUUGACGGAGUGAAUUGCGCUGUCUAUCAUUUGAUUUUUUUGUUCAAGUACUCUAGGUAUUGUAGCGCCACCUAUUUAAAGUUUUGAUGACACUUUUUGGUACAUGGAGAUUUCGUUCCUUAUCUCCACCUUCCGUAUUUAUAAUUACUGAAUUGUCAAACGUCAACUUUUGACGAUCAGAGUUACCGCUAAAUGCAUGGCGUACAGCGCCAUCUCGUUUACCUGUCAAAUUCAUGCAGGAUAUUGUCCUAGAUUUUACUCGUCUAACUUAAUAAUGUAUUCACGGUCUUGCCUGGGUGCCAAAGGACAACAGUUGAUAAAAAGUGAAAUAAUGUCUGGAUAUGAUCACGUGACUUUACGUCGCAUUUGUCAUCGCCAUAAAUUUUUCUUUUCGAUAGGCUUUUUUCAAUGUAAGAUUAACUAUUAUCUUGGUUAAGCCCCCGCAGUCCUUCGAAAACGAACGGGAGGCAGCUAAUAAUAUAUUUGCUAGAAUCAGAUCGUAAAACCUACCUUUUACAUUUACAAGCUGUAGAUAGUCUUUCAGAACUGAAAACAGGCCUAUGAAUCCUACUUUUUUCGGCCAAUUGUAAACAUUUACUUAUUAGGCCGCAACAGUGAAUACCAUUUUGCUACAAAAGUUCAGUAAAGUGUUACUCUUUGUGGUCAAAGACCCGCACCGCGACUGCCCCAACAGUUAGGUACACUAAAGAAAGCAGUAGAACAAAAUCGCGCCGUCCGUAAAAUAUUCCUUUCCUAGUCCAGAACGCUUGCAGCCGUGGAACUUGACUACAUAGCCUUCGGUAUGCGUCAGCCUUCAAACUCGAUGUGUACAUAAUAAUGACGUCAUAUCUAAUUUAGGAGCUUACUAGCCUUUUGCCCCGGAAUCCCGGGCGGGUGACAGGGUGACGUUGCGUAAAUGCUAAGUCGAGAUCAUAAUCAUUAACCGUAUUAGAACGCGCGCAUUUUUACACGGGCGACAUUACACAUUUAGGUGUUUUGAUGUACAGAUUUUUGGAUGAGAAAUUGCUUUAGGAUUUUAAUUUCGGUCGCCCAAUAUCUAAAGUAGCGUGGACAUACACUGUUCUGGAUAACUUAUGUUGGAAUAGUUUAAGAGUAACCAACCAAACCUAUUCUUGAUCGCAUGUGCGGUAUCGAAUCGAAAAGAAAGGAAACAGGGACGAUUCGAUUCCUUCACCGCGGCACCGUGAUUGUUUGACACCCGGUCUGUCUGUUUUGUCUCCAAUUCUUGUCGAGGCGAAAAUCCAUUAAAUUGAUAUACGUAUAUCCAAUGGUCCGAAGUCCCGGUGAAGGCCCGGAAUAGGAAACAGACUAGCUGUUUACAUAUAGCUUAGCAUUGAGAUGCCUGUUAAGGUAUCUGUGAUAUACGCUUGAAACGAUCGUCCAUUGAACCUCCUCUAUGUAUCUAUUUAUGAAAAUGACACUCCCUGACGUUUCGUUUGGGUUGGUUUGUUUGGGCAGGCACUGAAUGACCGACUUGAUUUUUAUAAGAGUAAAUGUACGGCUCUAUGUCAGAUACCCGCUUGUACCUCAUGGCAGUCGAAAGAAGUUUAAUUUUAAAUAAUGUUGAUAUCAUAUCGAUACCUACUUGUUAUAAUUAUGUAUUUUAAUAUAAGAUUUGGUAGGCAAUGGUCGUUCAGUACACGCUUUACCGGUUACUUACCAAAGAUUCACCAAAACUAAAUGUAAGUGGAAUUGUGACUCGAACCAAAGUUGAGCAUUCCUAUAAUGUGACAUAAAUAGAAGAUACAGUUACCUCACUUUCGCAUAGAUUUUUUAGAUGCGAGUUCUCUUUGUUAAGGCACAAAUGAAAUUGAAGCACAAAUUGACAGGACGAGGGCUCGCUGCUAAAAUAAGCUAUAACGAAGUGCCCUGAACUGAUUGACAAUAAAACCGAUUGAUUGAUGAUUGAAAACGGCGAUCAGUUUUAUUGACAGCUGGUAGAAAGGCACGCUUACUACAACUCCUCGCACUCGCUCGGAAAUUUAAGUCAAUAGUGGAUUAUUAGUGCUCAAAAACAUCUAUACAAACUUUUCAUGACAAUAAGGUCGUGUGUAGAUAUUACUGAGAUAUCUGCCGCACAGUGUGAAGUACAGUACAGGUGACUGUACCAGGAGCGCAGAAGCGGCGAGGAGCGUAGUACUGCGAGCCAUGGUCAACAGACCGCCAUGUACAGUAGGCCGCCUGCCGCUCACGCGCGCGGCGGGCAGAUACAGAGCAUUUGAUAGCUAGCUAUUGAAAAUGUUUAUUCUCAUAUAUUGUUAUAGUUCGCCAAAGAUUGUAAAAUAAGAGAGUUAUGAUCACUUUUUUGGAGCGUCGCUAGUUAAAUUGUUCUUUUUAAAUUAAUUAAUUAUUUUAUUAAUAGUUUUUAAUGAAACUUUUAAACAGUACUUAGCUAAUGACGGACUGCGUUCAUAGAAACUCAUUAGGGAAAAAAAAUACAAUAAUAAUUCGCCUACUUUGCAUGUCUUAUUUAGUUAAUGAACGUUUUAACCUUAUAUCGAGUUAUUAAUAUGUAUAUUGCUGAAAUAUUUCAAAACUAAAUUACUAUUCAAUUAUUUAUUAUUAUACACUUAUUACGUUUAGUAUGCUAGAAAUAUGAUGAAGGAUAAUAAAUAAUUUUAAUUAUA